GCAGCCCCCGCAGACCGCUGUGGAAGCAGGAGGUAAUCAAAUGUCAAGGAUUUGCGCUAAGCAACAAUGUAAAAAACUAUUACACUAUUGUGAACAAAUCCCAGCUGGACUGCAGUGGAUGCUUCAUUCCGUUUCACGGUCAUCUUUUUUUUGUUUUGGAGAAGGUGAAUCAUCAGAGAAAUCAUGGUAAAGGUUUUAAGUGAGCGCCUCUGUUUGGAGCGCAGGAUACGCACGGCCGUUUUGGCACUCCUGCUUUGCGCACAGGCCGGGUUUGGCUUCUCGGUCGCCGGACAGCAGGAGAGCACCUGCGAGGCCAACGGCAGCAUAUACUACGUCGGGGAAUGGUAUUUUCUGGACUCCGAUCACUGCACCCAGUGUGAGUGCACCGCUGAGGGCUCCGCGUGUGCCCGCACCGAGUGCACCUCUCUCCCGGCUGCGUGCAUCCAUGUCAGCCACUACCCCACCGACUGCUGCCCCAGGUGCGAGAAGAUCGGCUGUGAGUACCGAGGAGUGGUGUACGAGCUGGGGCAGAACUUCCAGCCAUCAGAAUGUGAGCAGUGCACUUGUGACAGUGAUGGCAUCGCCCGCUGUCUAGUUGCAGACUGUGCCCCUCCACCAUGUGUCAACCCUGUCUAUGAGCCAGGGAAAUGUUGCCCUGAAUGCAAGGAGGGUCCAAACUGCUACGUGGACUCCUCACGCAGUCAGGUGAUUCCUGCGGGAGAGCCCGUCUGGGUCGACUCCUGCACCAAGUGUCGCUGUCACGACGGCCAGGACGCCGGUUACUGGGAGGGGAACCGUCUUGCCACCUGUUCCCGCCUCAAAAACUGCACACCACAGCAACCGUCCAUCCAGCAAAACUAAUUCACCCUGUCAGCAGAGGAACCAGCUGUCUUCCUAUAACACAUACUCUUUGAUGGCUGAUCAGCUGUACACCUCCUAUCUCUAAGAACAUGCUGAACCCUCCUGUGCAGCUGAAAAUGUCAGUGGUACAGCCAGACUUAAUGGAUCAUCUGCAACUACAAAUAUUUUUGGAAACAGCAACCAAAGAUUUUUAGCUCAGCUGCCAUUCCACAAGGCUUAUCCAUCCAACAGUUUUAUGACACUGAUAAGACCCACUGAAUUUGGUGGACAAUACUGAACCAUCAUCUUUCCUUGACUGAAAAUAAGCAAAACUAAACCACAAUAUCAACAAAGACAGGUCCUGUAUUAUUAUCUAAAGUUUUGGUUCUGCCUUAUUGCUAUUAAUUUGUUUCAUUUUGUGUUCCCAUGUUGCAUAUAUCUAAAUAAGACUGCAUUUAAUUAGUUAAUAUAAAGGAUAAUUCUGGUAUAUUUCAACCUGGUGUAUUUCCCAUAAAUCCAACUACUGUCACUCUAUGAAUUGUAAUAACUUUGCUUUCACCUCCUCUGUUGUAGAGAUACAUGGAAAACGAGGACUUACACAAAACAGUGUGUAUUGUCUCUCACAUGUUUGCUUUCAGUGUUUGAAAUGAUUCAUGUAAAAAUCACAUUUAUCUGGAAAGCUGUCAGAGGCUCAUCCCGAUAUAUGCUUUUUUUGCAUGAGUCCUUGAUUAUAUAUGCUUUAUCCUUUAAUUAUCAUAAUGUAACUGAUGCACAGAAACCUCAAGGCCAACACAGAAGCACUGGUUGGUACAAGCACAGAGGGCAGUUGGUGGAGGAUCAAUAGCGGAUCAACAGCAAAUUGUCUCACUCCAUGGACAGGUUCAUCCUGCCAUGACAAAUUUAUGUAAAGACAAACAGAUAAGAUUUCGUCUCGGCCAAGAAGAUGAAAGUAGUUCUUGAAAACCAAUUUAAACAGUGACAUUAGGUGCAGGAAAACAAGCUGAAGCUAUCUUCAUUUAAAAAAAACAUGGUGCAGUGUUAAGAUGUGCUGAGAGCUUAAACACCAACAACCCUCAUGCAACGUCUGUGCUUCUACAGAAAAAUCUAUAAUUAAACAGAUAUGAUAGAAACAAGAGAUAAAACUUUAUUCUUGAAAGGUGACCCUGCUCCAGAUAUUUGCCUUUUUAUGUUUUAUUUCCCUGUAGACAGACUUCAAAAAGGUUGAUGACAGCAGAUCAAUUUGUUUUUUUUAGUUUUAAAGAGCAGUGGGCUUUGAUACACCUUAAAAAUCCAGAAGAUACUGUAUGUUGUUUUUUAAUUUCCAGACAUCUUCUUUGGGAAACAACUAGCCAUAUAACAAAGCCAAUGAGAUUAUUGGAUGAUAAGGAAUUGUAAUUGACCUGUCACGGGCUGCUGCAGAACCAAAAUGUAUGUAUAGCCGUGGUGCAAUUUAGACUAGGAAAUUGCUUAGCAAAGCAAUAAACAAUUUGUAACCGUUCUAUAAAUUUUAAAGUUCAAUUUCCAUGCUAAUUGAAAUAUAAUGAAUGAGACUAUAGCCUAACAUAUGACUGUACAGUAGUUGUAGACACGGGCAAUAUUUGAAAUCAAGGUUUCAUUUAAUGGACUGUUAUUUGUGCAUAUACACUGUAGAGCAGGGAAAAAAACAAUAUGUAGUUUACUGCUUUAUUAAUUUUACAUGGGAAAAUAUGCGUAGCAGCCUUCCCUGUUAUUUCCACUGUUGACGUGUAAAAUUAACAUUUACUGUGUUCAGAAUCAAAGUGUACGAUGACAUGUAGCAUGAAGUAUAUUGACAUUUUAUAUAGGUUUAUAUGCAGCAGAUCUUUCUACAAUAAUUUGUUAUUAUCUAUCACUUUAAUCAUGAGGGACCUUUGAAUGAAAACCAAAAAUAAUCGUUGUUGUUUAUGUUUAUGUGCAGUGUUGGAGGCUAUAAUGCCAUUUACUUUACAUUUAAGACACCCAAGCUGCCUCUGUAUGUUGUGUACUGUUUCACAACCUUAAUCCUCCAUGAAAAGCCUUUUUACGCAAGGUGUGGGAUUAAGUGUAAACUUUUAGGGUUAUGAACACCUUUUAAAUCAUAUUUUGUCAGAAGACUUCAUUGGACCGAGUCCAAGCAGUGUAAGAAUGUAAAUGAAUGAAUGAAUAAGACCUGAGAGCUGCUCUUCUGAGAGCUGUCAUGUUAAUUCCUGAAUUAUCAGAGGUUAAAGGAAUAGUUUGACAUCUUGGAAAAUACACUGAUUUCUUGCAAGAGGUUAGAAAGAUCAACACCGCUUAGCUUUAUGCUAAGCUAAGCUAACAGGCGCUAGUUACAUAUUUAGUGUACAGACAUGCGAGUGGGAUCGACCUUCUAUUCUAACUGUAAUAAAGUGCAGUUUCAAUUUACUGCCUGAAACCAAAGGGAACUGGCCAAAUCAUGUAAUGUGUCAUGCUGGUAACACACCAGUUCUCAAAAACAUCUUGUAAAAUGUUACAAAUUAAAACAACUUUUCAUGUCCA